GCAACUCACACAUCCGGUUGUGUGUAGAAGGCACAGAAAACACUCCGAGAAAGGGAUUUUUUUUUAAAAUUAUUCCUAUCUUUUAAACUGGCUUUAAAAAGAAAUAUAACCAAAUCAAAAUUGUUACUAUUUUUUUUUUCUUUCAAACUUUCAAACUGCUUAUAGCUUCAAAGCUAAAUGUUAGGAAUGUCGGCCAACAGUUUGUCGUACAAUGACCAAGGAGGAACGGACACAGGCGUAGAAGUUGGUCAGGAAACCACUCCGACCACCAGCUUUGGUCUCUUCACCAGCGACUUUAAAAAGAAUGAGGACCUAAAGGAGAUGCUGGAGAGCAGCAAGGAGUCUCACAAACUGGAGGCCAUGAAGAGGGUGGUGGGGCUAAUAGCAAAGGGGAAAAAUGCAUCAGAACUGUUCCCUGCUGUAGUGAAAAAUGUUGCAAGCAAGAACCUUGAGCUGAAAAAGCUGGUUUACGUGUACUUGGUCAGGUAUGCAGAAGAACAGCAGGAUCUUGCCCUCCUGUCCAUCAGCACCUUUCAGCGUGCUCUCAAGGAUCCAAACCAGUUGAUUAGGGCCAGUGCCCUACGGGUUCUCUCCAGCAUUCGUGUGCCAAUCAUUGUGCCCAUUAUGAUGUUGGCCAUCAAAGAGGCUGCCUCUGACCUUUCACCUUAUGUCAGGAAAACAGCUGCUCAUGCCAUACAGAAGCUGUACAGUCUGGAUCCUGACCAGAAGGAGCACCUGAUUGAAGUGAUUGAGAAACUACUAAAAGACAAAAGCACGCUGGUAGCAGGGAACGUGGUGAUGGCAUUUGAAGAAGUGUGUCCAGAGCGGAUUGAUCUGAUCCAUAAGAAUUACCGGAAGCUGUGCAACCUUCUAAUUGAUGUGGAGGAAUGGGGACAGGUGGUGAUCAUCAACAUGCUCACCCGCUACGCCCGCACCCAGUUCAUCAGCCCAUGGAGAGAGGACUGUGGUUUUGAUGAAAACUGUGAAAAGACAUUCUAUGAUUCGGAUGAAGAGAAGAGAGAUGGUGUGACACAGAAAAAGCCAUACGUGAUGGAUCCAGAUCACAGAUUAUUGUUACGCAAUAUCAAACCUUUACUGCAGAGCAGAAAUACUGCUGUGGUAAUGGCUGUGGCACAGCUGUAUUGGCACGUGGCCCCUAAACAUGAACUAAACAUCGUCAGCAAAUCUCUGGUACGAUUACUGAGGAGCCACAGGGAGGUUCAGUAUAUAGUGCUGCAAAAUAUUGCCACUAUGUCCAUCCAGAAAAAGGGCAUGUUUGAGAUAUUCUUGAAGAGUUUUUACGUAAGAUCAACAGAUCCUACACACAUCAAAACACUGAAGCUGGAAAUACUAACUAAUUUAGCCAAUGAAGCCAACAUCUCCACCAUUCUCCGUGAGCUGCAGACGUAUGUUAAGAGCCAGGACAAAGAGUUUGCAGCCUCUACUAUCCAGGCAAUUGGAAGGUGCGCGACCAACAUCUCUGAGAUCACAGACACAUGUCUCAAUGGCCUCGUGCUAUUGCUUUCUAGCCAAAAUGAAACAGUCGUAGCGGAGAGUGUGGUGGUCAUUAAGAAGCUGCUCCAGACGCAGCCCUUACAGCACAGCGACAUCAUCAAACACAUGGCCAAGCUGUUUGACAGCAUUACGGUGCCUAUGGCAAGGGCAAGUAUUCUGUGGCUCACUGGUGAAUAUUGUGAGCAUGUGCCAAAAAUCUCUCCUGACCUUCUAAGAAAAGUGGCCAAGACCUUCACUAGUGAAGAGGACAUUGUUAAAAUGCAAGCAGUUAACCUUGCAGCCAAACUGUACCUCACCAACUCCAAACAGACUAAGCUGUUGGUACAGUACAUUCUAAACCUGGGAAAGUAUGAUCAGAACUACGACAUCAGAGAUCGUACACGUUUUAUUCGGCAGCUUAUAGUUCCCAAUGAGAAAAGUGGUGCUUUGAGCAAAUAUGCAAGGCGAAUUCUGCUGGCACCCAAACCUGCCCCUGUGCUGCAGUCUGCCUUUAAAGAUCGUGAUCGUUUUCAACUCGGCACACUGUCGCAUACUCUGAACUCUAAAGCCACAGGCUAUCUGGAGCUAUCCGAUUGGCCACCUGUUGCUCCUGACCAGUCUGUCAGAAAUGUGGAGGUGGUGGAAGCGGUGAAUGAAUGGGCUCCAUCUGUCAGCAAAGCCCAACCUGCUACAUCAGAUGGCCAGUUCUACUCAGACUCUGGAGAGGAAGAAAAGGAUGAGGAGGAAGGAUCAGAUAGCAGCAGUGAGGACAGCAGUAGCAGCAGUGAAGAGUCAAGCAGCAGCACAGAGAGUGAGGAGAAUUCUGAAAGCAGCAAUGAAUCUGAAGAAAGCUCCAGCCAGUCAGAGAAGAACAGCAACUUGGGUUCUGAAAAGAAAAAAAGGAAAACUCAGAAAAACAAAGAACUCCAGCAGGGCAGAAAACCCAGUAAAGACAGUGACUCAGAUCAAAACAACAGGCAUUUGGAUAAAGCUAGUGUGGGAAGCGAGCCAAGCAGUUCGGAGGACACUUUGUCUAGCUCAGAGUCUGACUCUGAUUCCGACUCCCCAACUAAACAGAAAUCAAAAAUCAAAUCCCAACCAGCCAAGAAGUUGGAAGAGCAACCUAAGAAAGCAAAAGAGGUUUCUCUCUUGGAUCUGGAUGACUUUUCUACUACUGUAGUUACCACACCCAAAAGCUCCAUCCUCUCCCCAAGUCUUUUGUCUGACCUUCAAGGACUUUCACUAUCUGCCUCCUCCACCCCAGCAAUACAGGUGACCAGUCCCAUGUUUGUUCCAGUUUGUUCACAUGAGCUUCUCCACAGCAUGACUGGAAAAGGCCUCGCUGCUCACUACCACUUUCCACGGCAACCGUGUAUCUACGGCAACCACAUGGUUUCUCUGCAACUGACACUUAGCAACCACAGUGACCAUGUACUUCACAACAUCCAUAUCAUGGAAACAGCAUCCACUAGACAGAAAAUCCACUGUUUCAGCCCAAUUGAGAGUUUGGAGUUGGAGGCAUCGGUAACAGUUUCACUUGGAAUGGAUUUUAAUGACUCAACACAGGCAGCCAGUUUUCAGUUGUGUACUAAAGAAGAUCGGUUCAGUGUGUCUAUCCAGCCAGCAGUAGGAGAGCUGCUACUCCCUGUCACCAUGUCUGAACAGGACUUUAACCGAGAGCAAGGAAAGCUGCAGGGAAUGAAUGAAUGCUCCGCCUCAGUCGUCUUGUCCUCCAAAAACACCUUGGUCAGUGACAAGGUCAUGAAUGUGGCUAACAUGGGUGUGGUGCCGUCUGGAGAAAAUAACAUGCACAGGUAUGCAGCCAAGCUGGUGAGCUCUGGCACCCUGGUGUUGGUGUGUGUGGUACAGAAAGAUGUCAGUGCUCAACUAACUGUCAACACAGAAAAGACGGUCAUCGGCUCCAUGCUACUCCACGAGCUUCAGAUAGCUCUUGGUGCUGCGUAGAAUACACCUUAUUACCCACAAAACACACACACACACACAUUUAACCUAGAAUAUAGAGGAUGAAUGAGUGAGUGACCAGCAUAAAACAAGAUGAACACAUUAAGAACACAUCUGAAAAAAGAUGGACACAUUAUUUUUUUUCUGUUCUAAUGUAUGUAAAGGCUAAAUUCACCUUUCCUCCAGUUUUGCAAAAAUUAUAUUUGGAUCAGAAAUUUAAGCAUUUCUUAUUUACUUUUUGUCAUAUACUAUUCCCUAUGUGAACAACCACCUUCUUAUAUAUAGUUCAGCCGCAUCCUGAUUCAUGUACUUGUAUGAUCAAUUAAAAAUUGUAACGGUUACAUGGAGGUUUUUUUGUUUGUUUUUUUUUUUGUUUUUUUAUGCAAGUUUUGAUUCUCAAUAGCAAAUUGUACCAUGGAUUUAACAAAAAGUAAUUGCUUUAAUUUAAUUAUCUUUGUUUAAUUUAUCUUUGUGCACAAAAGGAGUUGAAGAAAUACUUCAGUUACUUACACAAAUACUUCACUUUUUCAUUGUUACUUUUACUUUUUUUUUUUUUUUUUAAUCUUACACCGGUUUAUAUUUUACAAUUACAUUAAAUAAUUUGAUAAAUCGGCACAGUUUUUCUGCAAAAGUUUCUCAAAUCAAAGGAAUUUGUAAGAAAGGCCCUAAUCUGUAUAGUUAUUAUUUAAAUAAAAUGCGACUACGUUUUCAGAGGGACACAUUUACAUUACUAGUGUUGUGUGGGUCUGAUGGCAGAUUCCACAAAAUUCAAAUUCUGUCAUUUCUGUCUUCUUAAACCAUUACUGUUAUGUAAAACUCUGCAGUUUUGAAUUUCUUCAAUAGUCCUGUAUUGAAUCCCUAUGUGACAGAAAAUGAACUGCCCUUAGAUUACAAUUAUUAAUUCAUCAUUAAAAUGUAGAAACAGUUUCCCAUUCUUUACUCUGUACAGAGAAACAUGACAAUUCUGUGGUAAACAUCCCUAUACUACAGAUUGAUGGAGAUUGGGGGACUUUAUUACAUACUGCUCUUUAUUCAGGAUCAGAGCCCAUGGGCUUCAUGACUAUAGCCAUAAAUCUUACAUACAUGCACUCUGUGCCAUCAUCAAAAAGGUCAUACUGUUGACAGUUUUAUGAGAAUGUGAGUGCAUCUCUCGCUAUCGUGCCUAAGUGUAGGUUGUAAGGAUGCCACAGAACCAUUAGGAUGCGGACAGACACAAUUUUUGAUCUAGUUGCUGGGUGUGUUGUGUUAUGGCCCAGCUGGAAAAGUUACUGUAUUGAUGAUUACAAAAAAAGAUGAAAUAAAGAUACAUUUUUGACAUAAAA